AGCUAGCACCGUGGCCAUCCAACGAGCAGUAGACAUCUGAGUGCUGACACAUCACGCAUCCACACAAAAUGCAACUUGGUCUCUGGUUUGGGCUUUUCGCCGUCGCCGCCGCACCGCUGGUGAGCGCUAAUUACGGUUCGCCAGGUAGGGGUGCUGGCCGUCAGAUACAGUAUCUGCCCGGUGGUCCAUCGGAAGGCUUGGAGGAGUAUGUGAAUGCUGCGACCGGCGGCUCACAGCCAUCAGCCAAUCAGCUGACGGCACAGGCUGAGAUUCAGCCAUCGCCGGAGGAGGCACGUCGUCUGGGACGCGUCCAGGCUCAGCUGCAGGCACUGAACAACAAUCCCACCUACCAGAAGCUGAAGAACUCCGAGGAUAUUGCCGAAUCGCUGGCUGAGACCAAUCUGGCUAGCAACAUUCGUCAGGGCAAGAUCAAUGUGGUGUCGCCCCAGUUUGUCGAUCAGCAUCUGUUCCGUUCCCUGUUGGUGCCAUCGGGCCACAACAACCAUCAGGUGAUCGCCACCCAACCCCUGCCGCCAAUCAUUGUGCACCAGCCCGGCGCACCACCCGCCCAUGUGAACAGCGGCCCACCGACCGUGGUGCGCGGCAAUCCUGUCAUCUACAAGAUCAAGCCCUCGGUCAUCUACCAACAGGAGGUGAUCAACAAGGUGCCCACACCACUGAGCCUUAACCCCGUCUACGUCAAGGUCUACAAGCCGGGCAAGAAAAUCGAGGCCCCAUUGGCCCCAGUCGUUGCGCCCGUCUACAGCCAGCCUCAGUCCUAUGGCCAGCCCCAGGCUUACAACCAGCCUCAGGCCUACAGCCAACCUCAGUCAUAUGGCAACUCUGGCAGCUCCGGCGCUGGCAACUCCGGUCCCAGUUCCGAUAGCUAUGCCGCCGGCGCUGAAACCCCCCUCUACGCCAGCCCAGCUCCCUAUGGCUCCCCCAGCUACUAAGCCAGAUGCAAUCUCGGCACUUGCAGCUGCUGUCGCUGCCAGCACAGCAGUCGAGCAGUCCAGAGCCCAGCUGAAGGGUGUUUAAAUUAACAACUUUGUUUUUUUUUUUCUAAAUGCAAAUAAAAAAAAAAAAAAAAGCCCAAAA